AUGGGUAUCCUCUACUUGGCAUGCCAGAUCAAGGUGGCCUCUGUACAUCUGAAGCAGACUGCUGAUAUCAUGGGGUGGCCCACACAUUGGUUUGCAAACCUAGCAAUGGACUUGAAUCAGCUUAAUAGCUUGAUUCUGGUGAUGGUGUUGCAUGCCAGUUAUACUCCUCCCCUCCUGGUGUGCUACCAUGCAUACCUCAGACACCAAGAUGAUGAGCUAAUUCCCCUCAGUGCAUUUUGCAUAAUCAACAAUAUCAGCACCAUUGUCCCACAUUGGACCCCACAUGCAGCUGAUCCCAAUUCUGGCUUUGCAUUCCCUUGGUGGCUAUAUUGUUCUGAGGAAUACACAGUGGAUUCCCAAAGAUUGCAAGGCAAGGGAUUGUUUUCUGCAGCCUGGGAUUUUUUUAAGUUGAUGAUGGCCCAGGGCUUAUGGCCAUUGCCUGAGGUGCCAAUUGCAGACCAUCUUGAUGGCCAUAUCAAGGAGCAGAAAUAUGCCAAUGUUGUCAACAGUUGGGGUCAACAAAUUGACCAUUUCUAUGCUAGGUGGUGGGCAUUGUGCAGGUUGUUGGGCAUGCUGCUUCAAUAG